CGGGAAGGCAGGCGGGCGGCAGGGCUGCGGUGGGCGCGGGAGGCGGCGCCGCGCGGCUGGGGCGUCCGCAGCGCUGAGAGGGCAGGCUCGGCCCCGCCGCCGCCGCCGCCGCCGCACAGGCCUCCGCCCGGACCCCCCCCUUCCCUUCCCUUCCCCCGCACCCAGAGAGGCGCCCGGCGUCAGCGGACCUCCAUGUACGACAAUUUGUACCUGCAUGGAUUUGAAGACUCGGAGGCGGGCUCAGCAGAUUCGUACACAAGCAGACCCUCAGACUCUGAUGUCUCUUUGGAAGAAGACAGGGAAGCAAUCCGCCAAGAAAGAGAACAACAAGCAGCUAUACAACUUGAAAGGGCAAAGUCCAAACCAGUAGCAUUUGCUGUUAAGACUAAUGUGAGUUACUGUGGAGCUCUGGAUGAAGAUGUUCCUGUCCCGAGCACUGCCAUCUCUUUUGAUGCCAAGGACUUCCUACACAUUAAAGAGAAAUACAAUAAUGACUGGUGGAUAGGGAGACUGGUUAAGGAGGGCUGCGAGAUUGGCUUUAUUCCAAGCCCACUUAGACUGGAGAAUAUCCGCAUUCAACAGGAGCAGAAGAGAGGACGUUUCCAUGGAGGGAAAUCAAGCGGAAAUUCUUCUUCAAGUCUCGGAGAAAUGGUUUCUGGCACAUUUCGAGCCACACCCACUUCCACGGCAAAACAGAAACAAAAAGUGACAGAACAUGUUCCCCCCUAUGAUGUAGUACCAUCGAUGAGACCUGUUGUCUUGGUGGGGCCAUCACUGAAAGGCUAUGAGGUGACAGACAUGAUGCAGAAAGCUCUCUUUGACUUCCUGAAGCACAGGUUUGAUGGGAGGAUAUCAAUAACUAGAGUGACAGCUGACAUUUCUCUUGCUAAGAGGUCUGUUCUAAAUAAUCCAAGCAAGAGGGCAAUAAUUGAGCGGUCAAAUACAAGAUCCAGUUUAGCGGAAGUACAGAGUGAGAUUGAAAGAAUCUUUGAGCUGGCAAGGUCCUUACAACUGGUUGUCCUAGAUGCAGACACUAUAAAUCACCCUGCACAACUUAUCAAGACGUCUUUAGCACCAAUUAUUGUCCAUGUUAAAGUGUCUUCUCCAAAGGUUUUGCAGCGACUGAUCAAAUCUAGAGGAAAGUCACAAAGUAAACACUUGAAUGUUCAGUUGGUGGCAGCUGAUAAACUUGCACAAUGCCCACCAGAAAUGUUUGACGUAAUUUUGGAUGAAAAUCAGCUCGAAGAUGCUUGCGAACACUUGGCAGAAUAUCUUGAGGCAUACUGGCGUGCUACUCACACCACCAGUAGCACACCCAUGACUCCUCUCCUUGGGCGAAAUCUAGGAUCCACCGCACUUUCUCCAUAUCCUGCUGCAAUCUCUGGAUUACAGAGCCAGCGUAUGAGGCACAGCAGCCAUUCUACAGAGAACUCUCCAAUUGAGCGACGAAGUCUAAUGACCUCAGAUGAAAAUUAUCACAAUGAAAGGGCUCGGAAGAGCAGGAACCGCUUGUCUUCCAGUUCCCAACACAGCCGAGAUCACUAUCCUCUAGUGGAAGAAGAAUACUCUGACUCGUACCAGGACACUUACAAACCCCAUAGGAACCGAGGAUCCCCUGGAGGAUAUAGCCAUGAUUCACGACAUAGGCUUUGAGUUCAAGAACCUGGGGAAAAAAUAGUAUUCAUCAGUUGAUAACUUGCCAUAACGUAGCUAGGAAAAAACCAAAAUCAUCUUAAUUUGGCAGAUGUAACACGGUUAUACUGAAGUUGCACUCUGCUGCCGUUCGAUGUUUAGUAGGGGGCAAAAAGAAGUUACCAUGCCCUUACGUUUAUGCCCGAUCAUAUAGGUUGUUCUUCCGAUAUUUUUUUUUUAGUACAGCAUUUGCAUUUAUAGCCAUACAUUUUCUUGUCUUAUUAGACACAUCUGUUUGUAAUUUAGGGUACUUCUCAAGGCACUAAUAAAAUAAUUUCCUGUGCUGGAAAUUCCAAAUGACCAGUUCCAGUUGGAACCAAUUUAUAAACCAAUUCCUGUUGGAAUUUGGGUGAAUUGACUGGAAAGUCGACUUGAGCAUGUUGCAAUCAAUUGAAAAAAAAAAAAAAAACAACAAAAAAAACCAAAUGAAAAAUCUGAAAAUUACAAACCACUAGAAGCCAGAAAGUCAGCUGCAGUAUUUGUUUGCCGGAAGCUCAAUUUACUUUUAAAGUUAGAAUAAAAGGAUUUAUUCUAACUACUUAUUUCCAGAAUGUAAACUCCUCAGAGUGCCAAAUAUCACAAAUUAUUGCAGCAGUUACAAAAUACUUUCCAGUUUGAAAUUAUUUUUAGACCCGGCAUGAAUGUUGCAGCAAAAUGAUUUCUUUAGUUUCGCCGGUACUGACGUGUUGUUGCGGUCAGCAAUGAUGAACCCUGACAGGAUAAGGGGAAACAGGAACAGGAAACUGAACAAACUUAUGCAUAGUUUGUAUGGUUCGAAGUUGAGAAUGGUCUUUCUUUUUUUCCUCUGGUUUACCUGAGUACAGCUAGUAGUCCCAAAAUGGAACAUUAGUGUAUAGAUACAUCAUAUUUUCUUCCCAUUUUUAGUAUUCUGCCUUUUUACAUGAAAACAGUACACUUCUCUUACCCAGUAUGUAGAGUACCUACGUUCCAGUACAUCUGAGUACCUACCUGUGUGUUACAUCUUUCAGAACCCAUCUCUGAAUGUCUGACAAUGCCAGCGUUGCACGAGAACUCUCCAGAAGAUCAGUUUAAAUUUCAGUAGUGAAAUCUGAGGGAAGGGGGCAGGGUUAAAUACUCGCAAACGAUGAACGUUUGAAAUAACAUUGGUCAGAAUGAGCUUGCCAUAAAAAUGGAGUGUCGGGGGAAAAAAAUCUGCUCCCAGUAAAGUCAUCAAGCUGACAUUUUUAAGUCAAAGAACUAUGAUAAAUCUUUGGAGAUAUUGCUGCCUUACUUCCUAACAAUCGCUUCUUUUCACCUAUUUCAGUCUCCAGUUUCUUUAAAUAGAUAAAUUUAUGUGAUGGGACCUUCUGUCUUACCUGAUCAGUGAAGCCUUAGAUCCAAUAUGAUUGAAGAAUUGACCAUAACUGACCGUUUUGUACAAUCCACUAAGGUUUUAAGCAGAGAUUCCUGAAAUCCCCCGCUGCACGCGCUUUCUAAAAUUGACAGAACUAUGCCGAGCACGCAUUUCUUUAAUGCAGGUUCACGUCAAAACUGUUUUUUAAAAAAUGAGGAUCAUUAACUUUUAUAUUUGCUUAUUUUCUUCCCAAAGCCUGCUAAAAGUAGGGUUUAAAAGCAUGUAGCACUAAAUUAAUUUCCUGAAUAUUACGGUUUCUUCUCCUUUGUGGACCAGUUAGCAGAGAUCACUGGUAUUUUCCACCACCGUUGAGUCUGGUUAUCUUCUUGGCGUUAACAACGAGAAAAGUAAUUCAUCUCAUAUCUGGUACAACCAAAAACGAUGUACAUCUCUAGCAGCAUUUAAAGAUUGCGGAUGCAUGAUUAAUUUUUUAAACAACUUCACUGCCUAAAAGGCGGCCUUCAGCACCACUAGAUGAUCCGAAUGGGCCAGUUACCAAGAAAAAAAAUAAAGAAAGAAAAUAUCUGCAUCCAUUGGAGUAACAGAGUGAGGAACGGGUAUGACAGACCUGAUCCUGUGUGGUUUUCUCAGGCUGAAUGCCUGCAGAUCCCCAAAGAGCAUUUAGGCUGCGAAGGCACAGCAAGAUCUGGUCUGGGACCGGUAGCUUCGGCUGCCUUCUCUAAUACUUUCUGCUAUAGCACAGUGGAGCAUUCUCCAGUAAUUUUUACAGAUCUUUGUUACAUGUACAGCACACGUACCUGCAUGAGAAAGGAGGCGUUAGGCAAAACAUUUUUUCUAUAAGCUUCAAUAAGUUUCUUGUUUGUGUGCAUUAAAGUAUUAAUUGCAAAGGAUGCACUGAGAUGUAUAAACCUAGAUUAGAGAGCUGUUUAUCUUUAUUCUGUAGUAGCGUUAGGGAUCAGAUCAUUUAACUGCUUGAAGAUAUUUGCAUUUUAACGGCAGGUAGCUGCGAAGCACCUACAUAUAUUUUCUAGUAAACAAGGUUACUGCUUUAUCAUUUCCUCGACAAGAAUGUCAUUUAUUUCUAGAGCCUUUUGGAGCCUUGUUUUGAAGUCUUCCAUGUCAUGCUAGUAACAGGAAAGAUCUCCACAACGCGUAUGCACAAAUUCCAUGACCUGCAGCAUCUGAAGUGCCAAAACUACUUUCUUUGUUCCAAUAAAAACAAGCUCGUGAGGGAAGUCGCGUAUUGUCUUGAACGAACACAUCAAGUUCCCUUAUUACGUGGGUUUAAGUUUACUUUACUCUUGUAUGUAAUUAGUUUACCCUCGCCUCUCCCACUGCCCAUUCCAUUUCAAUAUAAGAAACUGGUUAUAAGUGAUCCAGCAGGUCUCCUUGCUUGCUGUUUUUUUUAUUCUUUGAAAAUAGAUAUAUCUUUAAGUACAAAUAUACCGAACGUGCUCAUAUAUUAUUAAUUUAUUCUAGAUACAAGCUAUGGGAACUCUUUAUUUUAAAAAAUAAAUUAUUUUUAGGAAACACAGUAAUCGGUAAAAGCUGCAAUGUUGAUCAGGACAUGUUAACUCGUAGUAUUUGUAUUAGAACUUCAGCACUGCUAGCCAGCUGUAUUGUGAUUUAUUAUGCCAUGGCGCUAUAUCAAAUUGUGAUGUUCAUGUAUUCCUCAAUGAAUACGAGCAAGACUUAAUUUUUCAGUCCUCACACCAUUUCUUCUUGUUAUUAAAAUAUUAUUAAAGAUCAGAGUUCUGUUCCUAAGCUCUGGCUUAUGCAGAGGAUUUUUAGAAAUAUUUAUAACAACUUUUUGUUGUUGUCAUCGGAGUUUUUCAUUAGGACACUUGGAUUAAAGACAAUUUAGCCAAUAAAGGUGAUAACAACAGUCUUAAUACCUAAAGACAAUAUAUGUCAGCGCAUUCAUACGUUUGAAUGAAUUAACAAAAGCGUUUUACAAAUCCCGAAGCCACUUGAAAGACAAUUAAUUGUUAAACUUUUAACUUCAAAUACCUUGGCAAGUUGUAUUUAACAGACGUACGGGUUCUUUUACCAGUUCCGUAGGUGAACGUUUAUCCCAUGGGAUGUGCAGCUCACAACUGACUAUGUUUUCUGACCGAGUAUAGUGGGAAAUGAUGUUUAAAAGAAUGCAGCUAAGGCUGCUCUAGAUCAAAUUUUAGCUUAUAAACAGCGGGCUGAAUUAGGUGAUCAUUUUCUAAGCAGUUCCUCUGCUUGAGAAUCGAUGGCGCGUUGUGGCCCGACACCCCCAUUUUAUCCCGACAAAUCACCUUGCCACGGGAAUCAGGUGGCGCGCCUGAUCUUGUCCGUGACAAGCAGGAGCAGUUUCUGAAGCAAGUGCUGUUGCCUCUUGCUAAUCGCCCCACUUCUCAGUGCUGGGCUCUCCGCCCGCUUCUGGUACCGUGGCUUUUGGACUUCACUCGGAGGGACCCGCGCAAAUCAAGCAUGCUGGGGCGCGGAGGCGGCUCCGUGACGCGGCGGGCGCAGGCGCCGGUGAUGGCGCGCACCGCGUUCGUGCUGGGUUCGCUGCAAACAGAAGAACGUUUCGCUGGGUUUUGUCCAGGUCUGGAAGCUGCUUCUGAAGUUGAUAUUCGGGGCUUUAAUCUUUUGUGCUCCUUGCUUUUAAAGUAACGUUUAAUGCGUACUUAAGAGAGUGAAAAUUGCACUCAGGAGGGAAGGUAGCUGUAGGAAUAACAAGAUGAGGGUCGUUCCUCCGGAUGUGCGUAGGCCCGUAACGUCACGUUCGGUUUGACUGCAAAUCUUCUGAAUUCAGUUUGGUCUCAAUACCGCAGACGUCUCUGAAACGCCCCAGAAUCUCGUUCCUUUACUGACGUAACCGUGCUUAGAACAAUAUUGCUAGUAGUGUUACUUUAUAGCAUACUGAUUGGGGUAAGUUAGGGCUUUCCUGAGUCGUUUUUUUCUUUUCAGAAUGUAUGAAAUGUGUCCUCUGCUAUAUUUUGUUUUCCAGGUUCAGUGCUUACGAAGCCUGUCCUUGAUUCCACAGUCUUAAUUUUUUUUUUAAACCAAAGCUAAUUGGAGACGACAAAGGAAAAAAAAAUAAAUGCAUAUUUUGUAAAAUGCUAUUUAUACAAAUCUGUUUUCGCUCCUAAAAAUCUGUACUUUAAAAUUAGGCUGUAUUACCCCGAUUGGCAUUAAUACACGUUUGGAUAUGUGGCGUUCUGCCGUCACGUAUUUCGUUGCAGCUCCCCCUCCUUCCUUCAAAUGGUGGUUCUACAGAGAGUACCAAGGCUGCAAGAGACUCUAACAUAGCUGAUUUUAACUCUGGGGGAAGUAAGUUCCCGCUGUCUUUAAAAUGAUGCCAAAAAGAGAGUGUAUUAUUUGAAGAGUCGUAAUUUGAAUAAGCUUUGUAAGAUUGUUAUGCAAGGCCAAUUUAUUUUAUAUAGAAAAAUAAUGGUACGUCUUUAAAAAUAAAGGGACAUUUUAAUAAUGUUAUUAAAUACAUGUAAGAAAUUAACAUGGAGAAAGAGCUGGAAACGCUACUUUGUAUUGAAAUUUGGGUUAAGAUCUCUCAUUUGUGGAAUCCAUUUAAGAGGUUAAGAGAAACACUGUAAUUGAAUCCACGUAGAGAAUUUUGCUAAAAGGUAGAAAUAAUUUAAAAAAUGUUACUAAGAGCGUGUCACCCCUUUCUUCCUUUGGAAGUUGUGAAACUGGGAGCAGCAUUGGCUUGGUCUCGGUAACGUUUAGCAGACCUGCCUUUCCCCCUCAGAUGUCGUGGCAGUGAGUUACUACCUGGCCUAGGUCGUACGGGCACCUGCUGCUGGACACUAUUACUGGCUUCUCCAGAGUCAGUAUUUGCAAGGUCUGCCCAUAAAUGUCACGCACCGACGAUCGUAUGGCCUUACCAAUAUUUCCUGAAAAAUAGAAUGUAAUUAAAUUUAAUGCCACAGACCCCUUUGAUAUUAAUUCUACUCUGUAUAAGCAGUAGAAAAUCCAUAUAGGGAGAAAAUAUAUUGUACAGUACAGAAUAAUAUAUUUUGCCAAUGAUACAAAAACAGAGCAAGGAGAAAGAAGCACAUCUGUAAUAGCACAAAUUUACAGCAAUUCCGCUGUCGCAUUUGGCAUUGCAUUUUUGAAAGAAGGGGGCAGAUAUUUUGAUCCAGCGUCAAUGGAGUUAUUGCAUUUUUGAUCAGUUUAACUGGCUGCCUUCAGCGGUUUAUUUCUAAGCCUUGCAUUUUGCAUACGUGAUUGAUUUUUCGAUAACAUCUAUUCCUUCCAUACUAAUUAAUGAAAAAAAACCACCCAAACCAAAAAACCUUUUAAAAUUAGCAAGUCCGCUGCAUUCAUUUCUGCUAAUUUCCUCCUCAAAGCCAAAAUUACACGGAUAACUUCAAAUUUUGGCCAAUGUCUAGAUUUUGGCGUAUGACUGAUGACUAUACCGCGAAUACGCUGGUAGCCCAAGGUCUGGAACGAAAUAUCCCAGUGAACAAGUUCUUGGGCUACAGAGCUGCUUGCUUUCGUGUGUGGGGACGGGGAGGUGGGGGAGAGAAGAAUGUUACACCGCGAGAGCUGUGUCCACCCAAAACUUCCACUGAUAUUGCUGAGAAUUUAAAACAUAAAGUAAGCUUCAGGAGAGCAUGCUUAGGCCCAAGGUGUAUUUAUGGUUGAAACACGCCCGAUUCUCCUCUCGUGCGGGGAGAGAGAAAAGUCAGUGACGUUGUACAGGAACAGCACAGGAAGAGAAGCAAAAGGCAAAUUGUAUGUGCGCGUGAGAAACAGAGGGGUGAAGAAGGAAGGUGAAAACAGUCAUUCCAACUGCAAACUAUGGACCUUGGGCUUCUCGGAUCCCAGAAAAUCUCUGUUUCUCACCCAAACUGGUUCCCAGUGACAGCUUGGCAGCGAUACCUCCGGCCUCACUGGGAGCCAGUUCAGAGCCACGCUGGUGAAGACAUUACUGCCUUUACCAAAAAAGAAAAAAAAACCACCAAACCCCAACCCCACAAAUCUCUGUUUCCUGCUGAUUUGCCCCUUUCUGGUUUUACUUCUAUAGAUACUGUAUGUGUAGCAUUCUACAAGGCAUGCUGGGUAAAAUAUACUAUGCAAAUGUGUACAGUGUUGCAUGCUCUGCUCUCCCUCUGCUUUUAGUGGCUUUCAGAGAAAAAAAAAGUGUCGUUAUUUUUGUGAUCAGAAUCAUUUAAAAAAGAAAA